CUUAAAGUCUAUGUGAACCAAACUAGUAAUUUUGCUACAACUUUAUUAUACUAUACACAUCAUAAUUAUCCAUAAUUUAAGGGAUAAUUUAAACAAUAUGGAUUGAAUUGAUGUUUACUCCUUUUUUUCAUCACAUAUAUUUGUGUGUUGUUAACAUCCUGUUGGGAGGGAAAGGGAGGGGACAAAAUGGGCAAUGUUGAGUUUCUAAGCAAAGUUCUCCAUAUACCACAUAACAUAAACAAGGCAAAGAGGGGACAUGUUUUCUUGUUUGGAUCCUAUAUCCUAUAAUAAUAAUUUAUUAAAAUAAUAAUUACAAUCCAUAUAAUAUAUAUACAGGUUGUUGGUGAGAGUUUGAAUUGUUUAAUAGAAUUUUCUAUGGAGACAACAUUUGAACUUUUUUUUAUAAUUUAUGUCUUAAUAUAAUAGUUAAUAACUAUAAGUUUUAACACCAUGUACAAUAUGACAUUUUAAUCCAUCGAAGAGUGGUGGAGAUGGCAAAGACCUAAAUUUAAAUUCCACGAGUUCCGAUUAAAAUUUUGGCUGUCUUCAUAUAAACAGAGUUGAUGUAUGAUGUAUCCAUUGUAACUAUUUCUAUAAAUUUAUCGAAUAUUCAUAGAAAUCAAAUUUAUCGUUUUUUACUGAUUUCUCACGGCAGAAAUAUGAUGUUUUGGUACAUUCCUCAAGUUUUGCCUAGUACACGAUGAUUAAUUUAUGCCUCAAAGAAGGCAUUAUGAUAUGGGGCAGUACCCGCACUAGAAAAAUAUAUGUGUUUCGAGCCAUUUAGGAAUGUGUACAAGUUAACUAGAAUCGAUGUCAGGACCCACAUAAGAGCGAUAUGAAAGAUCUUAGCAACAGACAGAGUGAAUUCUUAGGACAGAAGCCAUCGAAAUAUCUCGUCCUCAUCACACACACUUUGCAAAUGCAUGAAAUUCAUAAUACAUGAUUUUUCGUACGCAACUAUAUGAAUUAUCAAUAACCACGUAUUCUCAAAAUUACCAGAGACAGUUUCUCGUCGUCAACCGAUCCCAGGAAAGAAAUAAAUCCUCGAAACAUAAGAGCAAUUGUGUAGAAAUCCGAAAUCGAAAAGUUGGUGAUUGAUAACGAACUUCAUCAUCCUCUUCACAAUUUGGAAUACCAUCUUUUGUGUAUUAUGAGUAGAAUGUUCGUCAAUAUUAAUUAACAAACGAGAUGGUGAUCAGCACGAUGCUAAUGGAACGAACGACUAAAUCAUUAGAGAGCAUAUCGGCCGCAGCCUAAGCAACAGUCUUCAGCACGAGCAGGGCAGCAGCAGAAUCGCCGGAAAACAGAGGGUGGGGAAAAAGUUUCAAUUUGGGCGGCAAAAGAGAAAGAGACAUCUUCUUCCUCUCAACUGUGGUUCCCGCUUCAACGGGGAAACCAUUAAUAGCAAACCAAACUAAACUACUCUUCUUCCCCCCUCUAAUUCUAGAGAGAGAGAGAGAGAGAGAGAGGAAGAGAUAGAAAGAGAAACGGGUCGGGGAAAAGUGGAGCAACGAUGCAGACACCCUAUCUACUGUUGCCUCCACCUUGUCCCCUGCCUCUCCCUCCUCUGUUUUUCUUCCUUUUUCUCUUUAUUGUUUGCGAAUUCCUCCCAAAAAAAGCCCCAACUCUGUCUCCUUAAAUUCACAAACCGCUUCUCCCUUUCUUUCUGCACCGAUCUCACUCCACUGCCCACUUGGAACCAGAAGAAGAAGAAAAAACAGGGUAAAUUUUAUUUUCCCCCAUGGAGCUUCAGCUGGGUCUCGCUCUUCCCACCUCCAAUAACAAAUCCAACAACAGAUUGAACUUCGGUAAUGAUAAUAACGAUGUGGGUAGUUACACAAACGACGAGGUGAUCGUACAAUCAUGGCUUCCGGUCGCCAACAAUGGUGGUGGAACAGAGUGUUCUGCUGUCAACAGCAGGAAACGCCGCCGUUUCAUCGAGUCUUUCGAGGAUGAUCAUAUUCCCAUCAAUCUCAAAACGCUACCCUUAUUGCAAUUGGCCGGCGGCAGCGACGACAACGACGAUAAUUGCUCUGUAGUUCUCAACAAAAUUGAGACUGAGGAUGAAGAAGAAGGAGAUGACAACGACGGCGAAGGGAUUGUGGGGUGGCCGCCGAUUAGUUUCCGGCGGAAGAAGAAGAAGAAGAUGUGGAAUCACAGAGAUCAACUGAUGAUGAUGAUGAUCGUCGAUGGGUCUUCUCCUUCUUCCGAGGAAUGUGGAGAGGGACCCACGUCAAUGUACGUGAAGGUGACGAUGGACGGCAUCGGGAUCGGAAGGAAAGUUGAUCUUGCAGUUCACGAUUCCUUCCCUUCCCUUCGACGGCAACUCUUCGCUAUGUUCGGAUUACCGGAAGAGAAUCCCUGGGACGGCGGCGCCGGCGCCGGCGAGUAUCAGCUUACGUAUCAGGAUUCUGAAGGCGACUGGCUAUUAGCUGACGACAUCUCCUGGAGGAGCUUUAUGGGGUCUGUGCAGCGAUUGAGGCUGAUGAGGAGCAGCAGCAGCAGUGGCAGCAGCUAAGUGGAUGAAGAUAUAGAUAGAUAGAUCGACCUCUAGGGUCAAGAUUUGGUCAAACUUUUGCUCACAGUAGUUUCUGAUAGGGGUGGCAAUUUGGUCCAGAACUGUUUGGUUUUACUCGAAACCGGACCGUAUAACCCGGACUGGGACCGGAUAGCAAACAAUUCAAUCUCAUAUUCGGGCUUAGAUUUGAGGUAAAAAAACCCGGAUAAAGACCCCAACACUCAAAUCCCCACAAGCUCAAUAUAAAAUCAAAAUGAAAUUGGGACUGGACCGGGUCAAGACCGGAGUGUAUCCAAUCCAAUCUUUGGUCCUUAUAUUCCCGAAAAGACCGGACUGGGACCGGAUCAAUUUGGUCCAGUUUAACUGAACCGGACCGUAUAGCCACCCUAGUUUCUGAUCCCUAGUUAGAAAAUGAAGGUUGGGAUUUUUUUUUGGGUUUUUUUUUUGUUAUUUGGAGCUCUCUCCAUGUAGUGCUGCAAACCCAAGUGUGUGUAUAGAUUAUGUAGUCUAAUUUGUAUGGGAUUAUUGUACAAAAAUCUAAUAAAUAUAUAAUUAUAUGAAUUAGAAGCCAUCAAGUACGAGUAGUAUUAGUAUUAGUAUUGGUCUUGAAUUUGAAGGUCUUAAGUUUAACUUUCUCUUAAGUUAGCAAGGACGUGUUCAUUUAGGAAAUCCAUGAGGAUAAUAAAUGGUUUGAAUUAUUUUAUAGUUUGAUCAGUCACGAUUCACUUUCGGACGUUUGUAAUACUUCUCCUUCUACUCUCCGAUUGGAGAUGUUUGAAUCGCUUUUGGCUACAGAAGAAUGUCGGCAUGCGACUUUUUUAUCGAGUUAGAAUAAUAAUAUUGGUAUACAUAGUAAAAAGUCCAUUUUGUAGUUGUGCACGUAAAGUACUCGUAUAUGUAGUAAUGAAUGUGUGUUAAGACUCUCGUUCUCGUUCUAUUUGUCGAGCUGUUUUAUUUUUCUUGUUUGUUUGAUACUUCACGAAUUUAACAAAUAUAAAAUGCAUUUAAAACACAUAUUUUUAAAAAAAUAUAUAAUAUACUAUAUUUAUGUUUGAUUUAAAUUACAUUUUGUAACGUUCCAUAAAUAAUAACUGAUACCAAACUUGUAACCGUACUAUUUAGUUUAAGUUAAUGUACACAGUCUCGUAUAGUAUCAUAACAUGCUCUUGCGUAUCAUUAUCUUAACCCAGCUAAAAAGGAUAUAAAAUCUUGGAUGACUUUCUUUUUUACCAUUUUUUUCUAAUAGGACAGUCCAAUUAAGGGCUAUCCUUCCAAAAAUAGACGAUAUGCCGCUUUAAGCAGGGCACACAAUAUUUUUGUAUUAAAAGGCGGAAGAAUAGUUUGCUAUGUGCUCACUGUAAGGCUGAGUCUGGGAUGAUUAUUGAAUACUAGUUUUCCUAAUUAUCAACCCAAGGGCCAAGGGUUGAGUAUACGAAAGCAAUAAGUUCUGCUAGAUUAGUUAGGCUAGGCUUGAAGCCCAUUACAAUUAAUCAAAGUCCAUAACGUAAAUCAUAAUAUAGCCCAGCUAUAUUAAGCCCACAUAUUUUUAGCAUAUAACUUUUUAGCGUAGGUGUAAGAUUUUGUGCCAUUCAAUACGGUUAAAUGCAUGGCGUGUCAUUUAAGUAUAACUGUAUAAGGGAUGUUGUACACUAAUUAGUUAAUUUAUUUUUGUUACAAUUAAAAACAAAACAAAUUGACUUUCUGUUACAACUAAACCAUAAAAAUUGAAUUCUGGUUUCACCACUAUAAUUUAUGUCCACAAAUUUAACCAAGUGAAAAUUAUUGUCCUACCACUUUGAAGAAAAUAAAAUAUAAAUAAUCAUUUUGCACAAAUGCUGAACUUACAUGACCAUUUCUGAAUAAUUACCUCUUUCUGCUUCCUUCACCAAUUGCAAGUCACAUGUACAAAAAUUUGAAUAGAUAGCACUUAGCAGCAACGCAAGUUCCCGUGGGAAACCCUAAUAGGUACCUGCGGAAGUAGAAGAGUCUCUCCAAAUCCCAAUUUUAUAUCCUCCUUUCAAAGUGCUUGUCUUCCGAGUUGGUGAUCUGAAAACUCGAAUUUGGAUGUGGCAAAUUGGAUUUCGGAUUAGAAAAUUAAGAGUUUUGAUCGUACCAACAGUCAAAGUUUUUUUUAUAACCCAGGGAACCUCUGUCCCACGUGCUGCUUGAGCGACAACGGGGCCUACUAAACCACUGGGGGUACCUGCAUACUAACCCGGGCUUUCUGCUAUCAACAUCGGGGAGGCUUCGCCUCCGAUACCUAGGGUGCCGCCGGGAACGCUCAAGUGGUGCCACUAGGAAUCGAACUCAGGACCUCCCACAUCCAGAGCUCAAUUGGUCUAGGCUAUGUUACCUUUGGCAAAGUUAAUAACGUUAAUGAAAAUGAAGCUUUGUGUUUGAAUUGUUAUAUUGAAUAGUUGAAGAUAUUUUUUUUAUAGUUCAAAGUGUUGUAGUGAAAUCUAACUCUAUUAAUAACAAUAUUAUUGCUAGCCAUUUUAGGGAGUUGGGCAGCCAGUUAGGGGUUGACUAGCAUUAAUAACAAUAUCAUCCUAACUUCUAGUAGUGAGUUGUAUAAUGACUAGUAUUAUAGUGUGUGGUCAGUGGUGGAGAUGGGGUGAGUAGGGGUGUUCAAACGGUUUGGUUACCGUGGUAACCGUUUUAACCGGUACUAUUUGGAUAAUUUGGUUUGGUUAAUUUGGAUAAUUGGUUUGGUUUGGUUAAAGUUUUUAGCUUGUUUGGUUUAGGUGGUUUGGUUUGGUUUCAGACACUCCUAACCAGUCAAACCAAAUUAACCAGUUAAGUAAUU